UACAAGUUAUAUAUAUUUAUGUUUUUUAUAAACUGAGUUAGCUACUGUCAGGCAUUAUUUGUCAGUCCCUCCAGAAAAACACGAAUAAACGCUUGCAUGAUUUUAUAAUCCCCGCAUUUUCGUUGCAAAAAAGUCACAUAUAUCUAUAUAUCUUAGUAGAAAGUUGAAAAAUGUUGCAUUUACUUCACAGAAGAGCAACCAUUUUCCCGUUGCCAUGGGAACGUUAUGAAAUGACGUAAUUAUACGACGUGAACGUCACUGGAAAGCUGCAAACCCUGCGAUUGCACUUUUUUGUUUCCAGUGGGUUAAAUCAUACUAGUUUCAAAAACCUUACAGUUGUAAAUAUUAGCAGUGUGUACAUUUGCGUUACAGUAAGAGACUGCACUUUGUGCAUUGGAAGCACUUAUUUUAACAGAAGAUGUCUACCUCUGCAAAACAGGAAGCACAUUUUAUUUUUUUAUAUUGUAUUUAUCCAUUUUUACAGUUGUCAAGUUGUAGCAUAUUCCUUUUGUAAAGCUACAGACCUUGUUUGACUCAUCAAUGUUUUGUAAGUCUGAAAUAAAACCAGAUGAGAACUUAUGUUUGCUUAUCAUAGGAAGUAAUAAAAAAUUACUCUUUACAUUAAGGUUGUAGCCUAGUGAGAACAGGGUGUUGGGGGAAUCACUUUUUAUUCUCUUUUACAUCAAACCGCAGUUUUUGCAGCAGUUCCCACAAUUUUAUCGCAUAAAAUUAUCCUGCUUAUAUUAAAAAAACAUGCUGCAUAAUUAAGGAUUUUUUCCUGCAACAACCACAAAAAAAAUCUGUAUUUUUCUGGAAGGACUGAUUUGUUUGUAACUGACACUGCCACUCGCUAAUUGUACAGGUGAAACACAGCCAGAGAAUGAAUGAGCCACCCUUGAAAACUUGGAUAGCUGCAGAGAAGACAGGGACAGUUGUGACAGCACAUUGUACAUGCAUGGCAGGACUUGGAGAGACAUGUUCACAUGCAGCAGCGUUGAUGUUUGCAGUAAUGUCUGGUGUGAGGCUGCGUGAUGACACGCCGUGUACUUCACUGCCAUGUCAGUGGCUUCAGCCAACACAAAAAAAGAAAAUCGCCUGCUCUGAACUGUCCUCUAUAGAUAUGACAUGUCCCAGAACGCAGAGUAGAAAGGUUUUAGGUCAAGUUGACAUGAGUGUGGUCAAUGAAACUACAUCAAGGAAGUCAGGGCCCUGUGAUGCUACGUCCAAACCUACAGGAGAUGAAGUUGCAGGCUUUCUGAAUAAGCUGAAGUAUGCAAACCCAAGAGCUGCUGUGCUCUCUGUAGCUCCAAACCACUCCAAAGAUUUUGUCCCAAUGGCUCUGAGAGAUGGCUAUCCUACACCACUGGGACAACUUUAUGAUGCUGAGAAUGCUUCUUUGACAUACAAUGAACUUAUUGAAAAAUGUGACAAGGUGUUUGAAGAAUUGAAAAUGACAGAUGAGCAAUGUAAGCUUGUUGAACAGGAGACAAAGGGACAGGCUUCAUCAAGGAUGUGGUAUACCUACAGAUGUGGCAGAGUAACAGCUUCCAAGUUUGGUGCAGUUAUCAAAAGCAAUGAAAAUCAGCCCCCAAAAUCACUUGUGAAAGCUGUAUGCUACCCAGAAUCAGCAAAGUUUACCACUGCAGCAACAAGGUGGGGCAUUCAUCAGGAAAACAAGGCAAAGGAGAAAUACACUGAAACCAUGUCAUCAAGACAUGUCAAUUUUGAUGUGACCACCACUGGACUCAAUAUUUCCUCACAUUACCCUCACCUAGGCGCUUCCCCGGAUGGGAAGGUGUCUUGUGACUGUUGUGGCUCAGGCUGCCUGGAAAUCAAAUGUCCCUACUUGGCAAAAGACAAGACACUGCUUGAACUGUCAAAAGAAAAAGACUUUCCCUUGGUCACAUCUUCAUCCUCAGAUGUGACGCUGACACUUAACAGACAGCACAACUACUACUUUCAAGUGCAGUGCCAGAUUCAUGUCACAAAAUCUCUGUACUGUGACUUUUGUGUGUGGACGCCUUCAGAAUUGUAUAUUGAAAGAAUAACCCCAGAUGUAAAUUUUGAAAGACAUGUUAUGAAGGCCACAACGUUUUUCAAGUAUGGAGUGCUGCCAGAAUUAUUGGGAAAAUGGUUCACCAAAAAUGCAGUACUGAAUCCUGGUGCAACAUCUCAUCUGUAGGACUGUUAUUGUGUUAAGCCCUUCACCUUAGGGAUGAUGUUACAGCUUGCACUUAACUUGUACAUAUUUAUACGUAAGUGACACUUUGCCUACAGAGAAAAGAUGAUAUAUAAAGUUAUUUUAUGAUGGGGGAACUACUGAACAUUUUGAAAAGCCCCAAAUUACUGACUGAUGCUUGUGAACUGUUUCCGCCUCCCAUUCAAAGGAGCAGUUGGUGACACAUUUCACAUUUGUAAAUAUGUUACAUUAUUAUUCAAAACCAAAGUUUUUACAGCAUUUUUGGCGUAAUCUUUUUCUUAUUAGUCCUAUCAUUGUAUAUAAAAUGUAACUAUUUAGACUGUAAGUCUGGGGUUAUUUCCACACACUGUUUACAUGUCUAAGGUUGGAAAGUGACAUAUUAGCAUAUCUAGACUGACCUGACAGUUGUGUCAAAACUAUUACAAUUAUUUUCAAUAAAUAAAUAAUAAACUUUAAAA